CAGUUUGACUCAGUGGUUCGCCAGACGCGGGCAGCGUCGGACCGCAAUGCGUGCGUACGUAGUCUUGGCCACUUUACUCGCGGUAUCUAACCAUGGAGAUUCCGCCCGGAUACUCGGACUGUUCCCACACACAGGCCGCUCCCACCAAAUGGUCUUCGAGCCACUCCUCGAAACGCUAGCCGAAAGGGGACAUCAUAUCACUUCUGUCUCGUUCUUCCCGCUCAAAAACCCUCCUGCAAACUACACCGAUGUCACCUUAGAGGGGAUUUCUCCGCUCGGCCUAGAAAGUAUCGACUUAAACUUGUUUGAAAACCCAAAUAAACUUGUAAGUUAUCUCGGAGCGGAAAGACUGUUGAUGCAGAUUUUCGCGUUCCAUCCUCUUGAUGAGUACGCUGUGACCAUCUGUAAGAAGCUGGUGGAUUGGCCGGAGCUGAUCAAAGCUUUAAAACAGGAGUAUGAUCUUGUUAUCGUGGAGUAUUUCAACAGUGACUGCAUGUUGGGUCUUCUUCAUAUUUAUGGUAUACAAGCGCCGAUAGUGGCGUUGUCUUCUAGCGGCCUAAUGCCUUGGAGUCCCGACCGUAUUGGCGUAAGCGACAACCCUGCGUAUGUCCCGCUAAUCAGCACAUUCUUUACACCAAAAAUGGACUUUUGGCAACGAUUAGAAAACACGCUCUUCCAAAUUAUUUACAAAUACUGGUUUAGAUCUCAAAUUCAGUUGAAGGAGCAAGAAAUUAUUGAGAAGCAUUUUGGGAAGAGAAUUCCCGAUUUGAAGGACCUUGGGAAGAAUCUUUCGUUAAUCAUGGUGAAUACUCAUCACACGCUAAAUGGAGUCCGACCUUUAUUACCUGGUGUUUUGGAAGUUGGUGGAAUGCACAUGGAUCACUCUAGAAAACCCAUACCUCAUUACAUCGAGCGCUUCAUCAACGAGUCCGACCACGGCGUGGUGCUCCUCUCCUUCGGGUCACUCAUCAAGACAUCUACCCUGCCAAAGUACAAGGAAGAGAUGAUAGUGAACGCUUGUGCCAAGCUGAAACAACGGGUCAUCUGGAAGUAUGAAGACAGCAAGGAGGAAGGAACACUCACCGGAAAUAUACUGAGGGUUCGGUGGAUACCGCAGUAUGAGUUGUUACAACAUCCAAAAGUGAUUGCGUUCGUAGCUCACGGUGGUCUCCUAGGCAUGACGGAGGCGGUGGCUGCUGGUAAGCCGAUGGUGGUGGUACCGUUCUUCGGAGACCAGCCCAACAACGCAGCCGCGGCCGAAGCUCGGGGCCUGGCGAAGGUUGUCUCCUAUACUGAGCUGAGUGAGAAGGCGCUUGCCGACGCUAUGAAGGAAGCCGUCAGUGCCGAGAUGCGCGUAAACGCACGUCGCGUGUCGAGUAUAUGGCGUGACCGGCAAGCGGACCCUCUGGACACUGCGAUAUAUUGGACAGAACGGGUCAUUCGAUGGGGGAAGCAAGACCCCCUUCAUUCAGCCGCUAGAGAUCUAAGCUACGUCGAACUGGCCCUCCUAGACGUCGCCGCAGCACUCAUCCUAGCAAUCAUCACCAUACUUCUAGUUCUAAGAUUUAUACUCUCUUUGAUACCCAAGUUCCUAGGCUUUGGUACGAAGAAAGAGAAAUUGCAUUAGAUUACCAAAGCACCUAUUAGUUUAAGAAUUAUUUUUAAGUUUAUAUGUAAGUAUGUAGGUAUUUAUGAAUAACGCUUUCUGUGUAAUGUGAAGGAGAAAACGUGUUAAUAUUUAUUUAUUGUUCUUUCCCGUAACACAAGUGUACACGGUACACGUUUUAAAAAAAAAACAAAACAAAAUAUUAAAAAAGACAAAAUGAAAACGACGAAAUAAACGUUUAUAGAACGUGUACAGGAACAAAGGCGCCAACUCGUCGAGACUGUCGGUAGAUCGAUAAUCCACGCUAAUGACCUACUUUCAGUGUUUAUACUUUAAAACUAAUCCCGUUAUGAUGACAUAAGAGUGUUGUGGGAGAGUCCAAUGUCCCUCAAACUGGCACGACUCCAGGGGUACAGUAGCAGAGAGUAACUAAGAAAAGUAAAAAUAGAACGAUUAGUAACAAGUCACGCUAAGGAUUCGUGAUCAGGUGCUUCCAGAAAUGUGUCAAAAUGUUCUAUUUAUUAUGCCAGGUUUCCUGCACGUGUUUUGGGCUACACAAAACAUGUGCAUAAUGUAGAUUUUUGAUUAUCGUUGAAUGAAAUGAACAUGUGGUACAAAACAGGUGCAGAUUUGGUCUUAUAAUUUAAAAAGAAGUAAAAACCGCUUUCAAAAUGGCGCUGGAAUUUAAAUUUUAAACUUGGAAAUUGUCAAACUUCUUUAUUACUGGAUGAACCCCAGUCAUAUUAUUCUAAGCCUUUACAUUGUGCCUACACUUUUUCAUCUUAGGUAUGACGAUUUAAUAAAAAUAGCGAAAUGUGAUAGAUAGAUAUAGAUAUAAUGGUACUGUAGAUUAUUCAAUACAAUUUUUUUAAUUACUUAUGCUGUUGUUCCUAAAACAUGCUGUUGAUUGGUUUAAUGUUGUCAGUGAAGUAAAUAAUAACUAUACCUACUUAUAAUGUAAAUAACUUAUAACAAUAGCUUAGAUAGACCAAUUACAUAGAUUAUUUUCAGAUCGUUUUGAAAUAAAAUGAAGCCAAAUUUCA